UUGCCUGACCUGUUCCCAUCGUGGAUGGUCUCGACACCUCAUCUUCUCAGCCAUGUCGUACAGUGCAGGUUUUGGGGAUCCGAACCAGCUAGCCCAGCGCAUCACUUCUAACAUCCAGAAGAUCACCCAGUGCUCUGCUGAAAUACAGAGAGUUCUGCAUCAGCUUGGAACACCACAGGACACACAUGAGUUGAGACAGCAGCUGCAGCAGAAGCAGCAGUACACGAACCAGCUUGCCAAAGAAACUGACAAAUACAUUAAAGAGUUUGGAUCUUUGCCCGCUACAACCGAACAGCGUCAAAGAAAAAUACAGAAAGAUCGUCUUGUGGGGGAGUUCACUACAGCAUUAACAAAUUUCCAAAGACUCCAAAGGCAAGCUGCUGAGAAAGAAAAAGACUUCGUAGCCAGAGUCAGAGCCAGCUCAAGAGUAUCGGUAAGUAUCAGAAAGUACAGCUACAAAGAAGGAACACUUGUCUCGUGGGACAGUCAACCCCAAGCACAAGUACAAGAUGAGGAGAUUACAGAAGAUGACCUGCGCCUCAUCGAGGAGAGAGAAUCUUCCAUUAGGCAGCUUGAGGCAGAUAUUAUGGAUAUCAAUGAAAUUUUCAAAGAUUUAGGAAUGAUGAUUCAUGAACAAGGUGAUGUGAUAGACAGCAUAGAAGCCAAUGUGGAAAAUGCAGAUGUACAUGUCCAACAGGCAAACCAGCAGCUGGCAAGAGCGGCGAACUAUCAGCAAAAGUCACGAAAGAAAAUGUGCAUCCUCAUUUUUAUACUUGCUAUUGGAGUGUUGAUUAUUGGAAUUAUCAUAUGGGCGACAACAAGAUAAGUCUUUAUGGAGAG